GGCUUAAAGGCCUUGAAGAUGUUGUGAAUAUCAUGGAUGAAAUACUCGGAUGGGAAGAAAAUGUGGAACAGCAUGAUGCAAGACUAAGGACGGUUAUGGGGAGAGUAAUAAGUGUCAAUUUGAAAUUGAACCAAGAAAAGUGCAAGGUCAGAAUGGCUGAAAUAAAGUACAUCGGGCAUGUACUAAGUGGAGAAGGUUUGAAGCCAGACCAAGACAAGAUAAAAGCAAUUGUGGAGAUGCCCAAACCACAAGACAAAUCUGCCUUAAUGAGGUUUAUUGCCAUGGUUCAAUACCUUGGAAAGUUUUUCCAAACCUGUCUGAGACCAGUGCGCCACUGAGGAAAACCUUUGGAAAGUGAAGUGGAGUGGCACUGGGAAACGUCACAGCAAAAGAGCUUUGAAGCACUUAAGUCACAGCUGAGGAAUACCCCAGUUCUCAGAUACUUUGAAUUAGCAGAGGGUCUGGGAGCUGUUAUCCUGCCGGAAGAACAUCCUGUUGCAUAUGUUCGAGAUCACUGACUGACUGCCGUAUGCUCAGAUAGAAAAAGAGCUAUUAGCCAUCGUGUACGUAUGUGAAAAAUUCAGCCAAUACCUUUAUGAGAAGACAAUAAGAGUACAGUCAGUAUUCAAAAAGCCUCUUCAGAAAGCCCCACCACGUCUGCAGAGGAUGUUGACAAAACUCCAGCCAUAUGACCUGCAGGUAAUCUACAAACCUGGAAAGAAGUUAAAAAUAGCAGAUAUGCUUAGCAGAGCCUACCUGGAGGAAGAGUACAUCAAUUGUCAAAAAGUCUGCCUAUCUCGGAAGAGAAAUUGAGAGCUGUCAAGCAAGCUACAGUAGCAGAUAAAGAACUGCAGAUGGUUUUGGCAGUAGUCAAAACAGGGUAGCCUAAACAAAUAAGAAGUGUGCCACCUGCAAUACGGAAGUACUGGACCUUCAUGGAAGAACUGACUGUUGUUCAAAAAUAUAAGACUCGUAGUGCCGCAAAGCAUGCAUGCAGAAAUGCUGGAGAAAAUUCAAGGAAAAUAAGGAAAAUAUAGGAUUUACCAGACAGAGCCUGGGCAAAGGUGGGAGUUGACCUUUUUCAUUUUAACCAAGCAGACUAUCUGCUUUAUGUGGACUACUUCUCAAAAUUAACACAGACAACAAGCCAACAUGUGAUAACAGCAUUGAAGUCAAUUUUCGCAAGACAUGGAAUUCCGGAUGAAGUCUUCUCGGAUAACGGGCCACAGUUUGUGAGUGCACAGUUUAGAAACUUCAGGGAUAAAUGGGAGUUUGAACACUCAACUUCAAGCCCCAGAUAUCCUCAGUCAAAUGUUCAAAGUGAAAGAGCUAUACAGACCAUUAAGAAUCUACUCAAAAAAGCACCCAUACAUCGCUCUUCUUGAGAACCAGAAUACGCCACUAGGAGAAUUAAGGUUAUCCCCUGCACAACUGCUCAUGGGCCGCAGACUGAAAGCUAGAUUGCCCGCUACAAGUAAGUUGUUACAACCACAGCUUUAUGAAGGAGCUCAGAAAAGCCUAAAAGACAGACAGCUAAAGCAAAAGUUCUUCUAUGAUCAAAGAGAGAGAGACCUACUGUACCUGCUAUGAAGGAAGGAGAAAUGGUGAGAUUGAAAGCAGUCUAGCAGAAAGUCAAUGGAAGCCAGCUGUCAUGGUGGAAAAACAUGAAACGCAGGAUGGUGGAAUUUACAGAAGAAAUCGAAAACACUUGCUCAAGAUGAAAGAAACUGGUUUCCAGAAUCCACAUAUUCAGGAUUCAUUGGAUCCAAUGUUAAAUGAUUGUGUCCCAGAUGGAGUGGCUAAAAUGCCAGGGUCACUGCCUGUAGCAAAACCUGCAUUGUUGUCUUCAAGACCUGAAGUUGUUUCGGAAGAGACUCUAAAAGUGACACGAUCUGGCAGAGUGGUUAGGCCACAAAAACAUUAUUCUUGCUAAAGUUCAUAGGACUUUAACUGUAGUUAAGUAAAUGUUUGAAAGUUUAACAUCUGUCAUUUUAGUUGGUGACACUGAGUUCAAAAUGUUAAGUAAGUUGCAAAACCAAAGGUAUGAAAAAAAUUAUUGCAUUGUGCUAUUAAAAAAAGGAAGAUGUGAUGUAUGCUGGUUCUUACCACUAGGUGGUGUCCUGUAUUCAUGUAUUCUGUGUAAGCAGAGACUCAGAAUAAGAAACACAGUCAGAGUGAACAGUUCUUGGUGUCGUGUCUUUAUUAAUAUCUUGGUACUCCCAAACUAGUAAGCCUAAACAGCUAACAGAGUUACUUAAAGAUAUCACGAAAACAAUAGUUUAAGUGACUUUAUAUAUGCCUCCAUAGCAAGAGGAGGAGCAACACUCAUAUUACCCAAUCCAGGACAAGGGGUGGGGCCAUGGGGCUUUUACGAGUGCUGCUAUUUGCCAGUUUGCUUGGCCCUGUAACUCUGGCGUUCAGUCGAUCCCCUGUACCCAUGGCCGUCGUUCGGCGGGAGUUGUCCUGUGAAAGUUACCCAAUCGAGCUGCGCUGUCCGGGUACAGACGUCAUCAUGAUCGAGAGCGCGAACUACGGCCGAACCGACGACAAGAUCUGCGACGCAGACCCCGCCCAAAUGGAGAACACGCGCUGUUAUUUGCCUGAUGCCUACAAGAUCAUGAGCCAGAGGUGUAAUAACCGGACACAGUGUGCUGUAGUGGCCGGACCGGACGCUUUUCCUGACCCCUGUCCGGGAACCUACAAAUACCUUGAAGUCCAGUACGAGUGCGUGCCGUACAAGGUGGAUCAGAAAGUUUUUUUGUGCCCGGGGCUCUUGAGGGGCGUUUAUCAGAGUGAGCAUUUGUUUGAAUCGGACCACCAGUCUGGCGCUUGGUGUAAAGACCCCUUGCAGGCAUCCGAUAAGAUCUAUUACAUGCCCUGGACGCCAUAUCGGACAGAUAGUCUCGCUGAAUACUCCAGCAAAGAGGACUUUAUUGCCGGUCGACCCACAACAACUUAUAAACUGCCCCAUCGGGUUGACGGCACAGGGUUCGUCGUUUACGACGGGGCUCUUUUCUUCAACAAGGAGCGGACACGGAACAUCGUCAAGUUUGACCUGCGUACCCGCAUCAAAAGCGGCGAGGCCAUCAUUGCCAGUGCAAAUUACCAUGAUACGUCUCCAUACCGCUGGGGUGGGAAAUCGGAUAUUGAUUUAGCAGUGGAUGAAAAUGGUCUUUGGGUGAUUUACGCCACUGAACAAAACAACGGAAGAAUUGUGAUCAGCCAGCUGAAUCCGUACACGCUUCGGGUAGAGGGAACGUGGGAUACCGCUUACGACAAACGCUCCGCCUCCAACGCUUUUAUGAUUUGUGGAAUUUUGUACGUCAUAAAAACCGUCUACGAAGAUGACGACAGCGAAGCCACUGGGAAUAAAAUCGACUACAUCUAUAACACAGAGCUGAGCAAAGACGGCUACUUGGACAUCCCUUUCCCAAACUCCUAUCAGUAUAUUGCUGCCGUGGAUUACAAUCCCAGAGAUAAUCUGCUUUAUGUCUGGAAUAACUACCAUGUGGUCAAAUAUACCCUUGAUUUUGGAAUGCUGGACAUCAGGCCAGAAUCAUCUUCCUCUGGUAACGUCUUAAUGGACACAACAACUACACGUACCACAACUCGCCCCAUCACCGUUACCGCAACGACAACCACCACAGCGACGACAACCACCAUGACCAAACCACCCGCCACAACGUCAGCAGCCAUGCGCAGCUCUCCGACACAGCGACAGUCUGCGGAGGGCGCUGUUCCCACCACACGCUCGGACCCUUCCUCUGUCCUGCCUAACAUCGCUGUGGAAUACUGCAGCCCUAUCAGUGACUCCGCCCUCACCUGGCCAAAAACACGUCAGGGACUCGUCGCUAAGCAACCGUGUCCACCUGGAACUAUCGGAACAGCUGUGUUUGCCUGUCACGGGCCUGAGGGACUGUGGGACCUGCAGGGGCCCGAUCUGAGCAACUGCACCUCCACAUGGAUCAACAUCAUCAACCAGAAGAUGCGAGCGGGCGAGCCAGCAGCCAUAAUCUCCCGCGAGCUCUCUGAACAGACCAAGGGCCACAUGCACGCCGGUGACAUCACCUACACGGUAAAAGCUUUAGGUCAUCUCAUCGACCUGCUCGACGUCCAGCUCAGGAAUCUAACUCCCGGUGGAAAGGACAGCGCUGCCCGCAGCCUCAACAAGCUGCAGAAAAGGGAGCGAUCGUGUCGAUAUUUUGUUCAGGCGAUGGUGGAGACGGUGAACAACCUGCUGCAGCCGCAGGCUCGGGCGGCGUGGAUGGAGCUGUCGACAGGCGAGCAGCUCCGCGCUGCCACCAUGCUGCUGGACACCGUCGAGCAGGGGGCGUUCGUGCUCGCCGACAACCUGCUCAAAACCGAUGUGGUGCAGGAAAACACGGAAAACAUCCAGCUGGAAGUGGCCAGGAUGAGCACAGAUGGAAAUCUUCCUGAUCUGAAGUUUCCACAGACUGGAGGCCAAGGAAACGCCAUCCACCUGUCAGCUAACACUCUUAAACAACAUGGGAGAAACGGUGAGAUCCGGAUGGCUUUCGUGUUAUACAAGCACCUGGGUUCAUAUCUGACCACCGAAAACGCCAGCGUGAAGUUUAGCAGCGAGACACUAAACACAAACUACUCGGUCAUCGUCAACUCACCCGUUAUAACCGCAGCCAUCAGCAAAGACAGUAACAAAGUCUACCUGUCCGACCCCGUCAUCUUCACCGUCCAGCACGUUCAGCAGUCAGAAGAGAAUUUCAAUCCAAACUGUUCGUUCUGGAGUUACUCGAAGCGGAGCAUGACGGGUUUCUGGUCCACACAGGACUGCCGACUGCUCGGGACCAACCGUACGCACACCACCUGCUCGUGUACGCACCUGACAAACUUCGCUGUACUCAUGGCUCAUGUGGAUGUAAAGCCAAUAGAUCCUGUGCACGAUCUGUUGUUGGACGUCAUCACAUGGGUGGGCAUCCUGCUGUCUCUGGUGUGUCUGCUCGUCUGUAUCUUCACCUUCUGCUUCUUCCGUGGCCUCCAGAGCGAUCGCAACACCAUUCACAAGAACUUGUGCAUCUCGCUCUUCAUCGCUGAAACGCUCUUCCUCACAGGCAUCAACCGUGCAGACCAGCCUAUCGCCUGCGCCAUCUUCGCGGCUCUUCUGCAUUUCUUCUUCCUGUCUGCGUUCACGUGGAUGUUUCUGGAAGGCGUUCAGCUUUACAUUAUGUUGGUGGAGGUGUUUGAGAGCGAACACUCGCGUAAGCGAUAUUUCUACCUGGCCGGAUACGGCAUUCCCGCCCUCAUCGUGGCCGUUUCGGCUGCUGUGGAUUAUCAGAGCUAUGGGACGGACAGAGUGUGCUGGUUGAGGUUGGACACUUAUUUCAUCUGGAGUUUUAUAGGUCCAGCCACACUCAUCAUCAUGCUGAAUGUGAUCUUUUUGGGAAUCGCUCUCUACAAGAUGUUCCACCACACCGCCAUCCUAAAACCUGACUCUGGUUGCCUUGACAACAUCAAAUCGUGGGUAAUCGGAGCCAUAGCUCUGCUGUGUUUGCUGGGUCUGACCUGGGCGUUUGGACUGAUGUAUGUGAACGAGAGCACGGUCAUUAUGGCGUAUCUCUUCACCAUCUUUAACUCGCUGCAGGGCAUGUUCAUCUUCAUAUUUCACUGCGUCCUGCAGAAGAAGGUGCGGAAGGAGUACGGAAAGUGUCUGCGUACUCACUGCUACAGUGGAAAGAGUUUGGAUUCAUCCAUGGGUUCUGGGAAAAGUUCAGCAUCUCGUGGACCCGGACGAUAUUCCUCAGCUUCGCAGAGCCGAAUCCGUCGAAUGUGGAACGACACGGUGAGGAAACAGACAGAAUCUUCAUUCAUGACCGGAGACAUAAACAGCGCAGCUACACUCAACAGAGGUGCCAUGGCCAAUCACCUCAUCCCAAACUCUCUGCUGCGCUCGCACACCUCUAACAACCCCUAUAACACCUUACUGGGCGAAUCGGGCGUCUAUAACAACCCCACCCUCAGCAUGUACAACACUCAAGAGGGACUUCUGAACAAUGCCCGGGAUACAAGUGCCAUGGAUACUCUACCGCUGAAUGGUAACCACGGCAACAGCUACAGCCUGGCCAGCGCCGAUUACUUGAGCGACUGCGUGCAGAUCAUCGACCGCACGUACAACGUACACAAAGAGACCACGCUGGAGAAACGCAUCCUCAAAGAGCUCACGUCCAACUACCUGCCCACCUACCUGAACAAUCACGACCGCACGGCCGAGCACGGACGCAACCUCAUGAACAAGUUGGUUAACGAAGUCAACGGGGGCGGGCUGAAAGACACGCCCAUGCUACCCGUCAAUCUGGGGUUGGGCCUGGCGGACUCCACCCCUUUCCUGCCCGAGGACGGCCUGGGCCUCGAGCUGGUCAGGGAAGAGUCCAGCGCACCUCUGCUUCCCCUUGACAUUCACUCUCAGCCCCUUCCCAACACGUUCGACUCAUCCAGACGCCGCCUUCCGCAAGAAAACAGCGAGAGUUUUUUCCCUUUGCUGACUGAAGAGCAAACGGACGAAACUCCGUCCCCCCAGAGAGACUCGCUGUACACCAGCAUGCCCACGCUGCCCGAGCCAGACGGCGUGCGCUCGCUGCCCCGCUGCGGGGACGUGCACACCCUCCCCAGGAGCGGAGAGCCGGAUGACGUGUACUAUAAGAGCAUGCCCAACCUUGGCUCGCGGAACCACCUGCACCAGCUGCAUUCCUACUAUCAGCUGGGCCGCGGCAGCAGCGACGGCUUCAUCGUCCCACCUAAAGAUGACCUUUCGCCUGAGGAGCCUGCACACCUCGUCACCAGCUUAUAGAGGUCGCGCUUGUGAUUCGUCCAGCUUAGUUCGUCCUUCAGGCCACUACCCCUCCCCUGAUCACAUCACAACCUUUUUUGUACCUUUCAGUUGUCGCGGUUGUUUCGACUUUUGUUUCUGUGUGUGCGCAGAGAAAUGGACUGCGCCGAAAAACCUCGGGAGGGGAUUUUGUACUGUGUUCGGCAGAGGAUUAUGGGUACUUUUGUUUGCAGAGGAACCUUUGCUGAUGUUCGUCUCGUCUGUACAAUUCUGCUUAAAGGGUGAACGGACCCAAAACGGAGCCUUGCGGGAUUACGUGAACUCAAGACUUGCAGCAACCCAAAAGGAAUACAAAUAACUGCCAGAGACGUUCAAGUUCAACACCAAUCAAGUUGAAAGCAAUGUGACUCGAAAACUAUUUUAAUACCUUCUGUAUCCAUAUUUGCUUUUUAAAUAUUUUUCUUCUGGUAAGGUGAAAAGCGACACAUUUUGCUACAGUAUUCCUCAAGUGAAGCAAAACCGGACGAUAUCAAAAGGACAACUUUACCACGUGUGCUCUAGAGCAGACUUUCUCUUUUUUUCUGUAUUAAUAACAAAUAUUAAAAGAGGGCCGACACUAAUACUAGAGAAUAUUUCUAUGUACAUAUAGAGACGUUACAGAAACAGUGCUCAUUCAGUCUCCACACCCCCUGCUUCUGUAACCAUGGUGAUUUCAGAUGUCUCAUCGUCCAUGACCGAUUUCAACAGGUUUCUUUCUUUAAUUAUAUCUCCUACGUUCAUGUCUUAUCACAAUAAAAACACUGUCAGGCAAUCACAGUGACAAUAAAUAGACAAUAAACAAAUACUUUGCUAAUGGUAUCCAGUUUUUGGUGGAUAUUUUCCUUGUUCUGUUUGGAUUAUCGCUCGAUUGAAUCAAGUUUGUAGAUAAAUAAAGAAAGCCCAAUAUUAAAAAAUGUUGACUUUCAACAUGUAUGUAGAGAUAGAGGUUUGAGAAACACAAUAUCAGAGAUCUUUGUGAUUCAUAUGGGUUAAGAAUUUGUCAUGGGUGUGAACAAGACACUUGACAUUUAGGCCUUGUUUUUGCAUUAUCUUCUUUUCUGAAGGAGAAUACAUGAAUGAUUAUUUAUUUCAACUGAAGACAAUGACACUAAGUACAAUCUAUUUAGAGAAAUGUCUGGAGGUGAAAUCUAUGCGGCAGAUAUAAUAGGUUUUUUUUUUUCAUUUCAAAUACGAUUAUGGGAUUUAUUUUUAUUUAUUUUCUGUGGUUAAAUGACCUCUCACUAAUAUUUGUUGUAACAGUGAAACUUGUUUGCCAACAAAUAAAUGACUGAAAAAUAAUGAUGAUGAUAAUGAUGAUGAUGCGGUGGUGGGCGGUCGCUGUGUGUUUGUGUUUUCUCUCAAUGUAAAACAAUGGAAAUUAUGUCUUUCAUAUUCUAAUUCAGUUCCUUAAAGUGAUACCCAAAAAUGAAAAGUCAUCAUUUACUUUCCCCAAUGUUGUUCUGAACCUGAGUUGAGUUUCUUUAUUCUUUUGAACACAAAGUAAGAUAUUUUGAUAAAUAAUGUAACCACACAGUACACAUCAAACAUUGACUUCCAUAGUCAUUCUGUCAUCAUUUACGCACCCUUAAGUUGUUCCAAACCAUUAUAAAUAAAGAUAUUUUAAUAAAUGUUUGCAACCAUAUCUGGGGCACCAUCCACUUCCAUUGUAUUAUUUUUCCUUUUAUGGAAGUGAAUGGUGUUUGGUUACAAAAAUUUUUCAAAAUAUCUUCCUUUGUAGUUGAGCAGAACAAAAACAUUUAUACAAGUUUGAACCAACAUGAGAAUGAGAAAAUGAUGACAGAUUUUUUAAAUUUAGGUGAACUAUCCUUUUAA